CUGUCAUCCUUUCUUAUGAGCAUCUAUAGCUGCAGAGGCAUGUAUAGUGAGGGGGCUGUGACUUCUAGUUUGUCCGUCUUAACGCUAUAAGAUGCCAGGUUUGGUGUCGUCCAAUAGAGACCUAUAAAGUGUAUUAAACCGCUACUUCAUUCAAACACUCUUCUUUGAGUACAUCAUCGUCAAAUCUAGCUUCAACUCUUGUACGCAGUCUUGAUCAACAUCUACCUACUGACUGACACUUCUGAGGCCAACAACAACACCAUGGCCACGAGGGAGCUACUGAUCGUCAUUCUGAACCACACCAAUGAGGAGCUCAAUACAGAGCCUGAAUGGCCAACUCUUAACCAUGGCCAUUGGAACAAGACGCCAGACCUACAGCCGCCGCAGACAAUACUAGCAGGGGAGAGCGGCAUGCUGCGCUGCAAGUCGAGUCAUAUUGGCGGAGGGGUUGAGGGUUCGAUAACAUACCGCAUUGUGGGAUUUGAGGGGAGGAACGAGGUUGCGUUCACGUGGAAUGUACCGUAUGUUGGGCCAAACAAAUUUGAUGCCUCUUGUGCCGUAUCUGAUUUCACGGUUAACAUCUUGGGCGGGCGGGGCAAGGAGGCUGUCGUUGUCUUCGUAUUUGGUCAGUCUGAUACUUACGGGGAUAGCGUGGAAGUCUAAUGCUCUUAUAGGGCCAACGAGAAUGGCAGAUCCAAGCCCAGAUGAUGGUGUGUCGGCAGCUGUUACCAAAUAUCCUGUGGACUGUGCCAAGGGCAUUGUAGGUGGCUUCAACCACCAUUGAAUGGACAAAGUGUCAUUGUAUUUGUGCGUCAGCCGGAAGUUAAUAUGCGAUGUCACAGGUGAAUGUAUUGUUGGUCGAAUAAAGUUAUCUAUUGGAGCACUUGCUUACCACCCAUAUUUGAUUAGUUCAGGCGGCUUCGUAUAGCAGCCCUGUCCUGAUUAAGUAACCAACUCGCUGACCUUGAAAUGGCGUGCG